GCGUAAAGUUCUUUUCCGAAUUCCAACAGGGAAGCCUAUCAGCUGUUGAAAGAGUUUAACUAACGUUGACACGCUUCACUCCAUUAUAUGUUGUUCAGGCAAAAAGAGGAGUUUCUCAACUCACUUUGAUUCCUUGUCGUCGCACCGGCAGUGUCGCUUUGAGGGACCCUUUUCGUACGUCGAGCAUGUGUUUUUCUUCUUUACCCAGUGCAAACAUUUUCUAACCUCAAUCUUCAAUCGUUUCUCUCGCAAAUUUCCCGUGCGAAACUUCCGUUUUCGGCAUUCUUUUGGCGUCUGUCGUCUCUAGAUCCACUUGUCUCAGAACUGCGGGCAAUCAAUCACCCAUGGCGCUGGCACGCGUUCGACCGCUCUUUUGCACAGCAGAAAAAUGGACUUUUCAUCAGAGUCAGAGGCGCUUCGUUGCUCUUGCCAGCCCCUGCUUCCUCUCUACCGCUUAUGGCGCAGGUGUGAGCGCAUUCGCAAAAACAUCGCAGUUGCAAGGCUUUCCUCGAUUGGGUGGCCAGCAGCAACUGCGACGGUACAGCAAAAAAGUCCACGAGCAUUUCUUCAACCCCAAAAAUGCAGGCGCUUUUGACCUUUCCGACCCUGAGACUAGGUCCAAGGUCGGGACGGCGGUUGUUGGCAAGGCGGCUUGCGGCGACGUUAUCAAGCUUCAGGUGCUAGUCGAAGAUGGCAAGAUCAGAGAUGCGCGUUUCAAGACAUUCGGUUGCGGGAGUGCGAUUGCCUCUUCAUCCUACGCCACGGAACUCAUCAAGGGCAAGACAUGCGAUGACGCCCUUAAGCUGAAAAACACGGACAUUGCCGAGUAUCUCAACUUGCCUCCUGUUAAGGUCCACUGCAGUCUAUUGGCGGAAGACGCAGUCCGCCACGCUAUUUUGGACUACCAAAAGAAGCAGAAGACAACCCAAGUGUCUGGAUCUUCCACUAUGGAUAGAAGUGCAGGCGAGCAGGAGCAAGCCGCAUCCGCUGCACCUGCCCAGUAGUUGGUGGGGCGUGACACAAACGAAUGACACUGCGCAUGUGUGUCGCGAAAACAGGUUUUCCGUAACCGAAAGAAACCCCCCUUCUGACAGUAUGGCAAUACCGAGAUCCUCGACUCCGAAUGCAGGACAUGGGCAGUUCGCCCUGGGAUGGAGAGGCUUUCUAGGAUUUAGGUGGGUCUUGACGGGGGAGACCAAGGAUAAAAUGAAAAAGACGGAUCAUGUGUAGAAGUAUCAAACGGAGUUUUCGAGUGUUUUGCUGCUUCUUGUGCGGAGGGGGGGUUGCGAGUGAGCUUGUCGGGGAAUUUUGCGUAUAAUGGGGUGUUCUAGGAGUUCGUCGAAGCCUGCCACUGUGGCCGGUUCCUCGUGAGAGAAGAGCUAUUUUGUAAAGGGCGAAGCAGCACGGCUGUGGUGGAUUUUUUUAUGGCAUGUGGUGCGUGGUCGUAUUCUUGGGCCAAAUAGGAGAGCUGUCAGCGCCAAUCAUCCCGCGUGUAGCUUAUCUGCCUCUUCACGAUCUUCUAUUCUGGUGCAGAGCGCCCUAAAAGAUGUGAGCACGCCUAAAAUCGCAGCGCCCAUACUUUGAUUUAUUAAAGCUACAUUUAUGUAGGAAUUCAUAUAUAUGUAUAUAUCUGUUUUCAUACGCAUGGGAUUGUGUAGGUAUUUGCGCCCGUAUCGAUCUCUCUGCAUAUCCGUCUCUAUGUCUGCGUAAUAUGCACACAUACGCAUACGGCUGGGUGCAUGUAGCUUUCAUUUUGUGCUGGUGCAGAAUACAUUUACAUACAUAUAUGUAUGCACAUACAUGCAUACCACCUGUUUACGACUACGUGAGCAGAGGCGACUGAUGACGUGACCACGGCGAACUGGUUGGUCCGUGGUCACCUUUCUUACUAGCGACCAGGUGUAUUGAUUUUGCCGGUGGGUUCACUUGUGGCUGCUGAGGAACCAGGGAAGGCGUCGGACGUUUUAUGGGGCCGACGUGAAGGUCGUCUCUUGCAUCGCUGUUAGACUAAAAUGCCGGGCUGUUCCUUGUGACUACCAGAUUUUGGCGGCGCCUUUUCGUCGCUUUCAGCAGCUAUACUUUCGCACAAGUUUGCGACAGGUAACUGCAGUGUUCAGAGCUUGGUAAACGGGAUUUUUUUUUCUGUAAGAUACAUGCUGAAUGCAUGCCAUGUACCAUGAACAUUUUGCGGCCCGCUACGGGGCAACGGUGUUGCGCGAGAUUCAGAGACUCUCCUGCAAUCUUUGCAGUUCUGAAACUGCAUCAGGACUACUCAUUACGCC